AUGACGACGCAGCACUCAACGAGAAGGUCUCGAAAGAUACGCAGACGGCUCUCAUUAGGUGGGACAGGAUGGCAAACUUCUUCCCCAAAAUCACUUGCCUCGGCACCAUCUCCACGACCCAACCUCACCGACGCCUCCGAUUAUGAAGAAGAGCGUCACUUGAGAUUGUCAGACUUGAAACCUCGAGGGCGUUCGACGUCUCCAAUUAAGCGCAUAUUCGACGACGAAAGACCUCCACCGACUGCGUAUGCGUCGUUACCACCCACCCCGAUACUGCCUUCUCGCCCCUUCUCGCCUCCAACUCCUGUAUCGCCUUUGACGUCGGUAUUCGAACCACCACUACCCCAGCAGGAGCAUCAUGCAGUCCCGUUUUCGCUGUGGGACUAUCUCCGGGAGGAGUUGUUAGCCACGGACUUUGACUCUCACCAAGAGUUGAAAUGGGAGCGAGUUAGCAACUUUCUGAGUAUGCCGGUGGCGAUGGAAAAGAUCAUCGGAUUUGGCUUCAUACUCUGCUUUGACUCGUUCCUAUACACCUUCACCAUCAUGCCCAUUCGAUUUGUGCUCGCCAUAUUCCCUUUCCUCGCAAACCUCUUCCACCGAUCCGCUCCACCCCUACCUCCGUCCCAAAAGGCGGAUCUUCUCCGCGUCCUCCUUCUUAUUGCCUCACUUCUAAUCCUCAACCCUCUCACCGACGCAAGUAAAAUCUACCAUACAAUCCGAGGACAGGACACAAUUAAGUUAUAUGUUAUUUUCAAUGCUCUAGAGAUUGCAGAUCGACUGUGUGCGUCCAUUGGGCAGGAUAUUCUUGACUGCUUGUUUUCACGUUCGACACUCGAGCCUCUCUCACACCGAGUACCCGUGUCAACCGACACUAUCAGGCCAUUCCUGUUUUUCGCACUAGCACUAGCCUACAACGUGGCCCAUGCUCUUGUCAUGGUUUACCAGCUCAUAUCACUCAACGUUGCCAUCAACUCAUACGAUCAUGCUCUCCUAACCCUUCUGGUCUCUAAUCAGUUCGUCGAGAUUAAAGGAAGUGUCUUCAAGAAAUUUGAGAAAGAUAGCCUUUUCCAGAUAACCUGUGCAGACAUCGUUGAACGCUUCUCCCUAUCUCUGAUGCUGGGAAUUGUUGCUUUCCGCAAUCUCAUCGAGCUGAGCGGUAGCGAGUUCGACUUUUCGUCAGGUUUUCCUCUUCCAAAGAGCUUUGGUUGGUUUAGAGGAAGCAAUGUUGUCUGGGUCAUAUCAUAUCCAGUUUUGACAGUCAUAGUCUCCGAAAUGCUCGUAGAUUGGUUGAAGCACGCAUUCAUCACAAAGUUCAAUCACAUCCGACCAUCGGUUUACGAGCGAUACAUUGACGUUCUCUGUCGAGACCUGUCCAGCAUGAGUGCCGUCGGACGACGCGGUCCCCGCAAGCACUCCUACGUUGAUCAAUCUCCCCUUGUUGCCCGCAGGCUAGGGUUCGCAGCACUGCCCUUGGCAGCGCUGGUCAUUCUCAUUGGGUCUCAAUCAAUAGCCCUCAUGUUCUCCUCCAGUUAUGACUUUACUCUGCCGUGGAAAUGGACAUGGAAGAUUCGUGCGCUCAGCAACGCGGAGAUCGUUCAUUAUGCAACAUGGAUCAUUAUGGGGUUCCUGAUCUGGCUCUGUUGCGUGGUGGUGAAGAUUAUCAUGGGCGUAAAUCUAGUGAGCUAUGCGACUCGUCGUCGGGCUGGUAUGGAAGAGCGGGAGGCAGCAGAUGUCGUCAAUGACUUUGGACGGAAUCCGAUCGGAGAAGGAAAGGAUGAACAAACUUAUAACAAGAAGCUGAAGACAUUGCUGGACAACGACCGCGACGACGUACCUCUCAUGUCCGAAAUGGGAGAAAACAAGCCUGGAGAGAACAAGAAAGGACGUGUUAAACUCGAGGAUCUCACGCGGUACACGAUGGUUAAACGGAUAUGGUAG